AUUUAUCUUCAAGAACGUAUGAAGAAUAGUCGUGUAAUCGUGUCAUGAUUUAAAUUCUGUGUUUGUGUUUUGUGAAAACAUUUCAAAGGAUUAUUAUGCGCCGUGGAUGUACUACAGUGUUACUAGUUUUAGCGGCUAUAACAACAGCGCGAGUUGAUCGAAGGUUGAAACGACAAAAUGACGAAGACAGAUGGGAAUGGGGCUAUGUCAUCGAAUCGUCAUCAUCAAUCCCAGAUAGUAAUGUAAGUCCCCGGGCAGAGUUGACGAAUGCAACCACUUCGCCCCCGGAAACAGAAACUGAGCCCAGCUUCUGCCAGGAGUAUAACCCACCUGUGCCUAAUUUCAAUACGCCUGGUCGAAGAAUAAGCGAAGCAAAAUGCUACGAGUAUAUUUGGAAACUAAAGGUUCGUUUGGAAGAAGAUAAACGCUUUGAUGAAUGUUUAGCCUACAAACGAAAAAAGUACAAUGUCCAAUUCGCUGUAGGGGGACAUCCUACUGGACCGGGUGACUACCCACAUAUGGGCGCUAUUGGUUGGAAAGCAUCAGUCGGAACUUGGGUGUUCAAAUGUGGAAGCUCCCUCAUAAGCGAGAAAUUCGUAUUAACUGCUGCCCACUGCGCAAGAGCAUCUUCAAGAGACUCUUCUAUUGCCGACCCGGUGCCGAAAAUCGUCAGGCUUGGCGAUAAGAACAUUAUUGAUUCGUUCUACCACGGCAUACCACCAACCGAUAGAAAUAUAUCGAGAAUCAUAGUGCAUCCCCAAUUUUCGCCACCAAAGAAGUAUUUCGACAUUGCACUGAUGGAGUUAGACAAGGAAGUGACUUUCUCCAGGUUACUACAACCAGCCUGUCUUUGGGGUAAUUUCGAUACCAGAAAUCUAGGUAAUGAUGCUACGUUAACAGGCUGGGGUGUCGUUAAAUCGGGAUCCCUCAAGAUAUCUCCAGAACUCCAAGCGGCAACAGUGGACAUCCUCGACUCCCAAUUAUGUGAUGAUCUGCUCAAAACUUCGUGCAACAGAAACUGGUGUGGGAUGAUGGAUCAUCAGAUCUGCGCUGGCAAGUUGGCUGGUGGCGUGGAUGCUUGCCAGGGUGAUUCUGGAGGACCCCUGCAAGUUAAGAUCCCACUGCCCACAAAUAAACAAGGACAAAUGCACUACGUGUUUGGAGUCAUAUCCUUCGGGAUAGGAUGCGCUUAUCCAAAUUUACCCGGAAUUUACACCAGGGUGUCCAGUUUUAUAGAUUGGAUCGAAGAUAUUGUAUGGAAUAACACUUGA